GCCACGCCGGGUGGGCCGAUGCGGCGGCGGCGGCACCGGGAGCAGCGGGAACGGCCCCGGGAACAGUGUGAGCGGUGGGAACAGCGGCACCGGGAGCGCCGGUAGCACUGCGAACGGCGGCAGCGGCAACAGCGGGAGCACCAGCAUGGAGUACGUGAGCCCCGAGCAGCUCGCCGGCUUCAGCAAGUACAAGUACAGCGCCGUGGACAGCAACCCCCUGUCCCUGUAUGUCAUGCAUCCCUUCUGGAACACCAUCGUCAAGAUCUUCCCUACCUGGCUGGCCCCAAAUUUGAUAACGUUUUCUGGCUUCCUGCUGCUUGUCUUCAACUUCUUCCUCAUGGCAUACUUCGACCCUGACUUUUAUGCUUCUGCUCCUGAUCACCAGCACGUUCCAAAUGGCGUGUGGAUCGUGGUGGGGCUCCUCAACUUCAUGGCCUACACGUUAGAUGGUGUUGAUGGGAAGCAGGCACGCCGGACCAACUCCAGCACCCCCCUGGGAGAGCUCUUUGACCACGGCCUGGACAGCUGGGCCUGUGUGUACUUUGUGGUCACCGUGUACUCCACCUUCGGCCGGGGCUCCACCGGCGUCAGCGUCUUCGUGCUCUACCUCCUGCUGUGGGUGGUCUUGUUUUCCUUCAUCCUCUCCCACUGGGAGAAGUAUAACACAGGGAUUCUCUUCCUGCCCUGGGGAUAUGACGUCAGCCAGGUGACCAUUUCAAUUGUCUACAUAGUGACAGCCUUUGUGGGAGUUGAGGCCUGGUAUGCACCUUUCCUGUUUAAUUUCUUAUAUAGAGACCUAUUCACUGCAAUGAUUAUUGCCUGUGCCCUCACUGUGACCCUGCCCAUGAGCCUGUACAACUUCUACAAGGCCUAUAAGAAUAACACCUUGAAGCACCACUCUGUGUAUGAAAUCCUGCUGCCCCUGGUGUCCCCGGUGUUGCUGUUCCUGCUCUGCACCACCUGGAUCUUCCUGUCCCCCACUGACAUCCUGGAGGUCCAGCCCAGGCUCUUCUAUUUCAUGGUUGGAACAGCCUUUGCCAACAUCUCUUGCCAGCUGAUCGUGUGCCAGAUGAGCAGCACACGAUGCCAGCCCCUCAACUGGAUGCUGCUGCCCAUCGCGGCCGUGCUGCUCCUGGUGGUGUCUGGGCUGGCUCCAGGCAGUGAAACGCUCCUGCUGUACCUGCUGACAGCCUUCCUCACCCUGGCACACAUCCACUACGGAGUGGUCGUGGUGAGCCAGCUGAGCAGGCACUUCAACAUCCGGCCCUUCUCCCUACGGAAGCCCACUCCGGACUGACUGGGAGCAGAGGAGGAGAAAAUCGGCCUGCGGGCUGCAGAAGGACUGUAAAUACCUGCUGCACAUAC